AUGGUGCAGCUAACAAGUUGUUUUUGCACACUUGCAUUCAUUCUUCUACAUAUCCUAUACCAGCCAUCUAUCGCUGCUGCUGCUGAUGAGACCGCAACUAUUUACAGUGUCUUAAGCUUUGGAGCUAAACGCAAUGGAGUAACUGAUUCAACCCAAGCUUUUCUUGAUGCAUGGGCUGCUGCCUGUGCCUCCCUAGAUUCAGCCGAGAUAAAUGUACCAAAAGGGAGGUAUUUGCUCAACUCUAUGACCUUUAAAGGUGACUGCAAGAGCGCACAGAUUACUUUCCGGAUUGAUGGAACGCUUGUAGCUUCACCUGAUUACCGAGUCCUAGGCCAAGCCAACAAUUGGCUUGGUUUUGAAGGAGUCAGCGGGGUAACCAUUAUCGGAGGAACACUUGACGCCAAGGGUUCUGCAUUGUGGGCUUGCAAAUUGAGCUCCAAAGCCUCCAAUUGUCCUGAUGGCGCCACGAGUUUGAGUUUUACGAACUCCAAAAACAUUAGAGUCGAGGGGCUAAUGUCAUUGAACAGCCAGAUGUACCACAUUGUCAUAAACGGCUGCCAAGAUGUUCUCAUUCAAGGCGUCAAAGUCAUUGCUGCUGGCAAUAGCCCAAACACCGAUGGCAUCCAUGUCCAGUUCUCGAAAAAUGUUGCAAUCUUCAACACCUCCAUCAAAACUGGGGACGAUUGUGUCUCUAUUGGUCCCGGCACCAAGGACUUAUGGAUGGAACACAUAUCAUGCGGUCCUGGCCACGGCAUUAGCAUUGGGAGCCUAGCCAAGGACUUGGAAGAGGAAGGGGUACAAAAUGUAACGGUCAAAAAUGCGAUUUUUAAGGGCACCCAAAAUGGUGUGAGGAUAAAGUCUUGGGCGAGACGUAGCAACGGGUUUGUCCAAGGUGUCCAAUUUCUUGACGUUGAAAUGGUUGAUGUUCAAAACCCUAUUGUAAUUGACCAAAAUUACUGCCCACACAACCUUAACUGCCCUGCUCAGGUAUCAGGCGUGAAAAUUAGUGAUGUAUUGUAUCAAAACAUUCGAGGAACAUCAGCAACAGCAGUCGCAGUAAAAUUUGCUUGUAGUGCAGCAAAUCCUUGCAGUGGGAUAAGACUCAAAAACGUGAAUCUGGCUUGCCGUAAUCAAGCUGUGCAAUCAUAUUGUACGAAUGCAAUCGGAAAGGCUUACGGCACUGUUCAACCAAACAGUUGUUUGUAGGAUUCAGAAACAGAUUAGGCAUGAGUUGGCUAGUACAUAUAGAUCCACUGCAGAUAGCAAGUGAUCGAUUAUAGAAAAUAUGUACAUUAAAUCAUUCUUUUUAUACAU